GCUGGCCUCAGGCGCAGGGUGGGGCUCGGGGCGGGUCGGCACUCCUUGGGCGCGCCUCCCGGAUGCUGGCCGCUAUAAGGCCAGCCGGACCGCGACACAGUCCAUCCCCCUCGGCCACUCCUUUGGCUUUUCGCUGUCUACGCUUCUAGCCCAGUGGUCAAUUAUGGCAUGCCCCCUGGAUCAGGCCAUUGGCCUGCUCGUGGCCAUCUUCCACAAGUACUCUGGCAAGGAAGGCGACAAGCAAACCUUGAGCAAGAAGGAGCUGAAGGAGCUCAUCCAGAAGGAGCUCACCAUCGGCUCUAAGCUGCAGGAUGCUGAGAUCGCAAGGCUGAUGGAUGACCUGGACCGCAACAAGGACCAGGAAGUAAACUUCCAGGAGUACGUCACCUUCCUGGGGGCCUUGGCUAUGAUUUACAAUGAAGCUCUCAAAUAAAAUGGGAAGGCAGAGAUGCCCUCUGGAGGCCUAUCUCAAUCAAAUUCAGUGGUGGGUAAUUGUACAAUAAAUAUUUGUUUUUCUUAUGUCUA